GGGAGUUUGAGGUAGUCAAGGUCAUUUUCUGAUUUUGUUAAUACUGGUUUUGCUUCACUCUCGAUGAAGUACGUAUACUGAUCAAAUCUAUUUGCGAUUGAAUCCUUAUCGGACAAUUUACUAGCCCAAUUGUUCCGAAAAUACUAAUGGUACUACUUGGUGUGCAAAUUAGUUGUGAACUUACGAAUAUCACUAAUCUAAGUCCUUCAUGUAAUGAUUUUCGUUGGUAUUUAAAGGUAAAGUGCGGGAACUGCGGCGAAAGUACUCAUGAUUACGUAUACAUUAACAGUUUAGAAAAGACACCAAUCCAAGACAGUCGCGGUGAUGCGAAUUUAGUGAUCCGAUGUAAAUUUUGUAAACGAAUUUCAAAUGCGGACAUUAUUCCUGGUAGCAUACUUCCAUACUCACUCGAUGAUUCUGGUCAUUUCAAAACCAUUGCAAAAUUUGACUGUCGUGGUUUAGAAUUUACUGAGUUUUCUCCUCGUUCUGGUUGGUCUGCUUCCAGUGUCAACUCCGAUGCGGUUUUUGAUGACAUCUCAUUAACAGAUGAGAUUUGGUGUGAUUAUGAUGAGAAAGGUAAAUGUGAAGUCAGCAUACAAAAUUUUCAAAGUCAAAUAAUUAAACUGAAAUGUUAAUAACUGAAUAUUUGUGAUCUGUUCACCUUCCUGUUUGUAUUAUGUAUAUUAUUAUUGAAAACGAAAAUA